GGAAGGGUUAGGUCCCCAACCUUUCCCCCACCGAAGGGUCGGGGCUAGGAGACGAAAGCGGGCCAGAGGCCGCACGUGGGUCUAACUACCGCCCGGCUCCAAGCUCCGGCCCACUCCGGGGCUCCCGCCCCAGGCUGGGCCACGCAGGCCUAGGCGUCGUCGCGUCCCCAGCCGAGCCCCCGAGGCCGUCUGCGCCGCUCGCGCCCCGCAGAGGCGGAGGCGCAGCUGCCCCUCCCCGCCCGACGGCCGCGCCCGCGCCGAUUGGCCGCCCUCUCGUCCAGGUGGGGCGCCCCGCCCCUCGGCGGCUCCAGGUGCGGCGGUUGGACCCGGGCCGGGGCCGGGGCCGGGGCGCCAUGGCCGAGUCCCAGCUCGGCUGCCUGGACGAGGCGCACGUGAACGAGAGGGUGACCGCGGCGCAGGCAGCCUUCUACUACUGCGAGCGGCGGCGGGCCGCCCUCGAGGCGCUGCUGGGCGGCGGCGAGCAGGCCUACCGCGAGCGGGUCAAGGAGGAGCAGCUGCGGGACUUCCUCUCCAGCCAGGAGCGUCAGGCCCUCGGCGCCACCUGGAGCCCCUACGAAGUCGCCGCCGCCGCCGCCGCCGCCGCCGGCCGGGGCAAGAGCAAGGCCGAGGCCGAGACCCCGACGCAGGCCGCGGCCGAGUCCGGCGAUUCCCUGGCCUACUGGCCCGACUGCUCCGACACCGAGGUGCCUCCGCUGGAGCUGGGCUGGACCGAAGCAGCCUUCUACCGCGGCGUGAGCCGCGUCACCCUCUUCACUCACCCUCCUAAGGAGGAGAAGGCGCCCCACCUGAAGCAAGUGGUCCGGCAGAUGAUCCAACAGGCCCAGAAGGUCAUUGCUGUGGUCAUGGACCUCUUCACUGAUGGUGAGAUCUUCCAAGACAUUGUGGAUGCUGCCUCCAAGCGCCGCGUGCCAGUGUACAUCAUCCUGGACGAGGCGGGCGUGAAGUAUUUCCUGGAGAUGUGUCAGGGCCUGGAGCUCGCUGACUUCCGUAUUCGGAACAUCCGUGUCCGCUCUGUGACAGGUGUUGGCUUUUACAUGCCCAUGGGGAAGAUCAAGGGGACCCUGUCAUCCAAGUUCCUAAUGGUAGACGGUGAUAAAGUAGCCACUGGAUCCUACAGAUUCACCUGGAGUUCCUCCCAUGUGGACAGGAACCUUCUCCUCCUCCUGACAGGGCAGAACGUGGAGCCCUUCGAUGUGGAGUUCCGGGAGCUGUACGCCAUCUCCGAGGAGGUGGACUUGUACCAGCAGCUGGGCCUGGCAGGAGGCGCUGGCAGGCUGGGCCUCAACUACUCCUCCACUGUGGCUCGCAAGCUUAUCAACCCCAAGUACACCCUGGUGACGGGCAGCCACCACCCACCCGGGGAGAUGAUGCGCUGGGCUGCCCGGCAGCAGCAGGAGGCCAGCCGCAAUGCAGAGGGGCAGGAGGAGGGCAGCAAGGGCGGCGAGUUAGCACGGCGCCUGGAGAGUUUCCUGCACGACCUGGUCACGCUGGAGCAGGUGCUGCCCCCCGUGGAGCCCAUUCUCUCGGGAGAGCUGAGUCGGGAUGGCAGGGUGUUCUCCCACCUGCGUGUGGACCUGAAGCCCAGACCCCAGGACGCCCUUGCCCAAAAUGGCAGGGGAGAAGCUGUCAAUGGGGAGGCCACCGCGGCCAAGGAGGGCAGGCGCUUCAGCAGCAGGUUCUUCAGCCGGCGGUCCAAGAGGCCCGCAGCGCCCAAUAGCACGGCCAGCGCCCCCUCCCCCGAGGCCUUGGCCGAAGCGGAGUUUAUGGCGGGGAAGAGGCCCAACCAGGGCUCCAGUGGCGACGUCUCAGGUAAAACAAGUUCCAGUCCUGCCAAGGCCAGCAAUUGUGUGAUUUUGUGAGCUGCGGGCCAGCUGUUGGCAGGACCUGUGGAUGCCCCCAUCCUGUCCUGUGGAGACACAGGUCAAACCCUGCACCGAUUUGCACAUCGGACGCCUAGUGGCCUCCUGCCCCAGCAGCCUCCAUCCUGGCCUCAGGGACCCUGUAUCCCAGAUGUGAGGGUCUGCAGCAUCUCAAGACAAUCACACGCCUCCACAAGACUGUCGUGGCCGGGCAGGGGGGAUCACCCUUUGUUUACAUGAAGUGGAAGCUUGACUAGUGUCUGCUCUCCUUUAUGCCCAGCCCCCUCCCUCCACUGGGCCAACCUUGCCCUGCAGGCCCCCAGAUGGGGUGAGUCCAUGUCUUUCUACCUUAAUGUGAUGGGGUCUCCGGGGCAGCCCCAGCCCCCUGGCUUCUCCUUCCCUGGGCUUCCUGGUGCUGCUGGUCCCCCAAGAGGUUUGGUGGAACAGAAGGGACGAGGACAGGGCUCUGAGCCCGGGAUCCAGUCUCGCCUGAGCUUCUGAACUCAAGGUGGAAGAUGCAGCGAGGACGGCUGGGGCUGGCUGCUGUGGCCGUCCUGGCGUGGCCUUCCUGGCGUGGCCGUCCUGGCCUGUCCCUCAGGCUCCUGCAGUAGACUCUGAAUGCAGUAAGGGCAGAAUUUGACCCUGCCCUUUUGAGAGCCCUUGUGCUGAGGUCUCCUUUCCCUCCCCCAGCAGCAUCCUGGCAGGCUCUGCCCUGGGUGGUCCGGGCCUCCUUGGCUAUCGCCUGCUGCAAGCCCAUCUGGCAGUUUUGCUCAGGCCUUUACCUGAGGCGACUCCCUCCCGUUUUUUGCCUUGAGUUGCAGCCCAAAGUAGGGAGAGAGAGAGCCUGGCUGAUGUUUUGGUGGUGCUGGAGGCUGGGCCCUGUCACCAGGAGUGUUUGCCCUCCUCCCACCCCAGAGAUGGCCCUCAGUCCCUUCACCAGCCAGGACUUAUGUGCCUUCUCUAGUUUUAUGUCAGCCAAAGACCAGGCUUGGCCUCCUGCCAAAGUCAGACUGGAUUGAGGAGCCUGAGCCUCCCUGGCUUCUUAGGGACCUGGCCUAACUGCCAUGACGCCAGGCCAGGAAGACCAGCUGAAAAUCGCACACCACCCCCUCUUCACGCAUGUGACUGAGAGGACCUGUGGAGAGAGUUCUUGAAUGGACGGCCGGGAAACUGCCGAACCGCAGGCUCUGUGGCUGGCUUUGCUUCCGGCCGGCGGCUGGAGGCCUGGAGAGCCGGGGUGGCUGGCCUUGCUUCCGGCGGGGGGCUGGAGGCCUGGAGAGCGGGGGGCUGGCCUUGCUUCCGGCCGGGUGCUGGAGGCCUGGAGAGCCGGGGUGGCUGGCCUUGCUUCCGGCCGGGUGCUGGAGGCCUGGAGAGCUGGGGUGGCUGGCCUUGCUUCCGGCCGGGGGCUGUAGACCUGGAGAGCUGGGGGCUGCAGUGCCUGAGAAAGCACCACACUCAGCCUCCUGCUUCUGAGCCAAACUCUCGUCCUCACACCUUUCCUUCUGCAAAACCCUGGGGCACCAGCAGCACCUUGGGGCGGGGCCCCGGUGCCUGCUAGCGCCUGACGGGAGAGGGAGCAAGGGGACCAGCGAGCAUCCUGAGAGGAGCCUGGCCUCCCCGCUGGGUGGUGGGAGGGGCAGGGGAAGGAAGGGUGAACCUGGUUCUUGGGGGGUGAGGGACCCUGACCCACCUCCAUGAGCGUCUGUGAGGAUUAAACCCUUGCUGGGAAGUGCUUCCUUAUGCACUAAGGCCUGGCGAUGUGGCCCUGCUUGUUCUGGAGGGGAAGGGAGAGGGAGGUGGAACACGAGGGGCAGGGGUUACACCUCAGCUCAAAGUGUUUGGGUGGAGAGAGCACUCUUGGUGAGCAGAGUGGACACCUCUGGGGCAAGUGGGGAGGCCAAAGGAGGGGACCAGCUCCUAAGCGAUUGUGCCUCGCCUGCGAGAGAAGCAGGCCCACGUAAUCCCUUUCCCAUCUCCUGACCCAAAGCAAGCCCGGUUCCUCCCCUGCCUUCACAUGCAGGAGGCUCUGGACUGGAAGUUCCAAGUCGCUGCAGCCUUGAGCCUGGCUGGCCGUCCUGCCCCGGCUUCUCCCUGCACCAGCGUGGGGUCAUUCUCACUCUUCAGAGAAACCAAGCAGGAUGGGAGACCAUGUGUUGAAAAGGAAGCAACGCAGUGUCACGGGAAGAGUGCUGGCCUGUGAGGUGGGGCACCUCUCCCCUUCCUUACAGAGGUUUCAGCGAGGUGGUCUCUGACCCCCUCCAGCUCUAAGAUGCUCGGGAAGAGACGAGAGUCCAAAGGUGGCUGAGGAUCCUGAAGACCUCAAAUGCAGCCUGUCUGCCUGAACUCCAGCCCCUCCGUCCUGCCUCUCGGCUUCUCACUUUUUAGUGCGUCUGCCCUCUGUUCCAGCACUUUGCACAUGCUUUGUGAAACAGUCUCUCUGUCAUCAAAUCUCAAGGGGACAUCUGGCCUUCCCAGUUGGAUGGCAAGUUCAAGGAUGGAUCAUGCCCUUGGCCCCUCUGCAGCAGCUUCCACAAGGCUGGUAACAUCAGAGGGGCUCCAGGAGGAACAGGGGUGGAACAGUACUCUGGGUGCGGGGCCUGGCUUCGCUGGUCCCAUCUCACCCCACCACCAAGCUGCCCACUUUCUGAGUACGGCCUCUGUAGGUUGAGUGCCAACAAAUGGCACAGCUCCUUGAGAGGCCGACCUCAGAUGAGCAGAGGCACUUGAGGGCUGAGACCCCAGGGCUGCUGCCACCCUAGACCUCGCCCCGUAGGAGCAGGAAGCCCAGGACCCCUGCACGGAGCUGGGAGGCUUUCCCAUGACAUUGGCAAAACUUCCCAGUCUCAUUGUCAGCUGUCCUUGGGGUAUGGUUAGCCCUAGCCCUGAUCCUUCAGGGGUGCUUCUGAGACCGCCUCUGCCAACAGCAGUAUCCCGUGCCUGUUUGGACCCUAAUAGAAAAGCUGGACCACAAAGACAGCCUUGAGAUAUGGAGGAAACGGGCCCGGGGGGAGGGGAGGGGUUACGGGGGAGACUUUUUUUUUUUUGCUAUGAUGCUUUCCUCUUUUUAAUUUAUUGAACACCUACUAUAUGCUAGUCACCGUGCUAGAUGCCUCCCUCAGUCACCUGCAGGUUUCAAACUAAGAAAAGCUCGGGAAGAGGCCCUUUACAAAGUUAACAGAAAGUUCUCCUGCGUAUUUGGAGAUGGAGCCUCACGAAGUUGUGUGAUGAGCAGCUUGGGUCUUACCACCCCCGUUUUUCAGAUGAGGAGGUGCGUUGUUCUCCCCAAAUCCUACAGCACAUAAAGUGCAGAUCUAGCCUGCCCCCCCAACUCAGGGUUUCCUGCCUUCAACGCCAGUGACACUUCAGAUACAAAAGUCUCUGUGGGAGGAGAGGCUGUCCUACACGUGGUAGAAUGUUUAGCAGCGCCUCCGGCCUCUUCCUACCAACUACCAGUAGCACCCCUUCAGAUGAGACCGCCAAAAAUGUCUCCAGACAUCUCCAAGUGUCCCUGGGGGGUAGAAUCGCCCCAGUUGAGAAAGAGCUCUUUGCAUUGAGCCCUGAAGGGCCACGGGCUCCUGCCUGAGCUGCUUUCUGUGCUUACAUCCUGCAAAACAGUUCUCUUUGACUGAUCUCUUUGGCCCAGAGAGGCUGGCUGACUUGCCAAAGAUUUUGCUUUCUGUGACCGACACAAUAGCAUCUUCCGUCCUUGUUCUGGUUACCUUGCUUAGCUCUUGCCCGCCUUGGACUCUGUGGAACAGGUAUGUUUAUAUGCACACAUCUGUCUUACUCCACCCAGAGCCCUGCCACGUUUCCUCCCAAUCUGUUCCCCUUCCUUCAGUCCCAGUUAAAGUCCUACACAGAGAGUACCCUUGGACAUUCCCGUGUGUGCCCAGCAGUGUCCUCACCUCAAAAGGCAGCCAGGGCCGACGGUAGAGAGACUUCCACGCUCCUCAACGCAGGCCAGGUGGGGAUUGCUACUUGGGGUACCACAACCACGUUCCGUUCUGACAAAGCCCCCUUAGCAGCUAUUGAGCCCUGCCAUGCACCACACAUAUAGUUUAUCACCUGGCUGUGCACCACCGUCAUUCCUCCCUGCCUGGAGGACCCAGCGGCUGUCCCUGUGAUUGUCUGCACUGCUGUUCCAGUGGCAGGAGGUCUGGUACAGAACAGGCAUCCCGGGCUCAGCGAGCUGAGCCAAACCAAGCUUGAGAGGACGCGCACCUUAGGAAAGGUUGAGAGGUGGCAGGCGCAGAUGUGAGAGUGUUCUCAGGGCGAGUCAUCGUUGGAUCAGCCAGAAGGCUUUGAAAAGUUAGGCAGGCCUGAACUUCUCACCCCUCCUCGGCGAAGCUUCUGCCUUCCCAGCUCCGAACCGAGGAAGGCCCUGCUUCUGACAGCUUCUGCUGCUUCCUGGCACGACAGAUACCCAUUCUGUGCCUGGAGACCAGGACACUGUCUUUCCGCCUCACUAUCGUAUCCACAGUAUCUGCUUAAUAAUGACUCAUUAAAUGAUUGAACACUUGACAACCAUGUGAUACAGGGAAUAAGUCAGGCUAAUCAAUGUGGACGGUGUCAGAGGCUCUGCCAUUGAUCAUAACCCUUUCACUUUUGUUCCUGACUCCUGAAAUUGUACAUGGAAGCCAAACAGGAUUUAAUUUCUUAAGGACUUUGAAGUCCUUCCUCAUCAAAUCCUUUCCUCCAGGAAGGCUUCUCCUUUCAGUGCGUGUCCUCAGCAGACAGUCUUCAUCUCCCAGCCACCCGGGUCUCCAGGCCUCUCUGGCUGCUCACGGAUGACCCUGUCCGCAUGCUUCUUUCAAAGGCUAGCACGAAAGCAGGGGAGGAGGAGAUGGGCCUUGAGGUAAGGAAAUCUGUCCAAAGUCACUCAGCAAGUCAUGAGAAGGGCUAGAACCUGGUUAUCCGGACCCUCUAGGAGGGCACUGUCACUGCAUCAUGUGGCCUCUCCAAGUGACAGCCAGCUGGAGACAAGUUUUCAUCAGAAAAGUGGCUAGAAGGUAGGCACUGUCUGCAGCCACUAUAAAGCAGCUCUAGGAACAGAUGUCCAUGUCAUAGGGAUAAGCUAGGACCUGCCACAGAAGGCAGCAAGUGUGUGGGGAGCCUGGAGGACGAAGGGAGGAAAGGGCAAGACAGGCAGUAUGCCUGCAGAGGCUACGGUCCUCUGGGCACGAGCAAGGGAAAAGCACAUCCCAUCCUGUGCUGAGCCAAGAACCGUGCCUGGUGACCCUUAUUUCCUGAGUGCAGCAUGGACACCCUGGCUGGUCUCCUCCUGGAAGGCCUUGGAAGUUGGGCGAUUGAACAAGGAGAGGCACUUCACUGCAGUACUUGGAAGGCUUUAUACAUUUGUUCACUCAGCAGAUACUGUGCACUAGGCCUGGGGAUGAACGGUGAGGCAGGCCAUCGCGGAUUUAGGGCAGCGGCGGUGGGAGCGGGGGUGGGGGGGGUCAACCUGCUUGCUGUGAUCUUAGCUGAGGCUUGCAGCAGCAAGAGGACAGUGCAGAACGGGCAGGCUCGGGCUGGAUUCCCCACUCCGCCACAUAUUAGCUAAAUGACCCUGUAAGCUGCUCCACAUCCAUCCAGGUAAAAUGGGGAUAAUCCUGGUACCACCCUCAAGAGGCCCUGGGGAGUAAAGCCCUCAGCACAGCGGCUGACGUAGAGGAGGAGCUCUGUAAAGGCUGCUGCCUCCGUUGUGUUACAUGGGGGGUUAUCACUUCCCUCUCGGGACAUUCUCUUCUGGAUUCUCUACCCUGCUCCCUCCCGGUAAAAUGGCCACUUUCAUGUCCAGUACUUGGCACACCGGCCUAAAUGCUCAUCCACCUGGAAGAAGUUAGGAGGCCCAGGUUUUGAAAGAAAGAUGGAGAAAAUUCCCAGAGAUGCCACUUGUGAGCCCUCGGCUCAGCAGGGCCUGAGUUACGCCGGUGACCGCUGACCCCCGCGGCCCCCCCUCAGCUCUGUAGGUCUGUUAUCAGGGGGCCUGGAAGAGGGCCACCGCCUUAUCCGGUUGUGCAAAAGCCCCAAACUUUUCUUGACUGAUAGUUUUGGGUAAAAAUAAACAAUUUUUGUGUG